AUGGACCAAAUAGACGUUCUCAUCAUUGGUGCAGGGCCAACGGGUCUUGUUCUCGCUCUUUGGCUUCAUAAACAGGGCAUCAAAGUUCGUAUUGUUGACCAAGCAGAAGGCCCAGCAAAACAUUCCCGAGCCCUUGUCGUCCAUGCACGCAUCCUGGAACUGUAUCGGCAGCUCGACCUGGUCGAGGAAUUACAAGCUAGUGGAUACCAACUCCCCGCAACCAACAUCUGGGUUGAGGGCCAACAUCGGGCGCACCUCGAGCUAGCAGAACUCGGCGAAAAUUUGACGCCAUAUCCAUACCUGCUGAUGAUUUCGCAAGACGAUCAUGAACGAAUACUUGAAAACAAACUUCAAUCCUUCGGAGUCUUCGUGGAACGUCGCACAGAACUUCUGCAAUUUGUAGAUCAUGGAGUUGAAAUAAGCGGAGAAGCGGCAUACAUUGUUGGCUGUGACGGAGCGCAUUCAGCAGUUCGACUUGGCGUUGGUGCCAAAUUCGAGGGUGAUACCUAUGCUCCCCUUUUCUAUAUUGCUGACCUCGAAGCCGAGGAUAACGACAGCCCAUUAUUCAAUGGAGAGGGACAUUUGAGAAUAAUGGAUGAGAAAGUCACAUUGAUACUUCCAUUUUCUGAUGGUAGGCGUGUGAGAUUAAUAGGCACAAUCAUUCCAGACGGCGGAGACCAAACGCCUGACAUGUUAAGUCCUCAACCACACAUCGCUUUCGAGGAUGUGGUGCCAGAUAUCAAGAGAACUUCUGGAAUUGAGAUAAGAAAACUGAACUGGUUCUCGACGUAUCGAAGCCAUCAUCGUAUUGCCGAACGGUUUCGCAGCGACCGGGCAUUUCUUGUUGGUGAUGCCGCCCACAUCCACAGCCCUGUGGGUGGGCAAGGUAUGAACACCGGUAUUAUGGACGCAAUCAAUCUGGCUUGGAAGCUUGCGACCGUGAUUAAAACCCCCGAGAUGAACGAUGACUCAAAGAAAAACCUCCUGGAUUCCUACGAGAUCGAACGCCGUGCUUUUGCGCUCAAAGUGGUCGGCGCAACAGACCACGGCUUCACCGUUUUGACAGGCCGAGGAUAUUUUCCUCAUAUUUUGCGCAACUGGAUAAUUCCAUACUUUGUUCCGUUCGUCAUAAAGUUCAAUUUUGCACAGAAUCAAAUCUUCCGUGGUGUCUCCCAACUCAUCUGCAAUUAUCGCUCAAGUUCACUAAGCCAGCCCACUGGAGGAUCCGGAACAGUCCAGCCAGGUGAUCGUCUACCAUGGGCAAAAACUCAGUCUUCAGACAAUUACUCGACAAUUCAGCAUAUAUCAUGGCAGCUACAUGUUUAUGGUGACCAGCGACCAGGCCUGGCAAACUGGUGUAAUGUCAAAAGUGUUAAUCUCACCUUCUUCGAGUGGGAUCCGUACCACGGCGAAGUUGGCUUCAAGAAAGAUGCUGCGUAUCUACUGCGACCGGAUCAAUAUAUUGCAACUAUACUUGAAGGCUGUUCCAUUGAAUCGAGCCUAGAUGACUAA